CGCCCUUCAGGGCAUCGCAACAAACCAAAGCCACAUUGACUCUAUUCUGAAGACUCCUUGGGCUCGUCCGAGCGAAAUAGCGUCCCAGUCUGCGGUGAUCUCUAGAACCCCAAAAAAUGGCGGAAGUCGAGAGCAGCGUCGCGGACGAGUCGGUGGCCCAGUCCGAGGCUCAGGAUGAGCAGCAGACCCAUAACAUGACGGUCGGAAUCCGGCGUCAGGCCAACGGCACGAUCGGAUCAGUUUACUCGGGGAAUAAGAUCCGGCACCUGAAGAAAGAGGAUGGAAUCCCCCUAUGGCGCAAGGACAUCCAGUAUCAAUUCUUGAAGCUCGUCUUCGAGGACAAAACCCCGGUUUUCACUCGCUGGCCCGACGGGGAGAAGAAUCUGGACUUUGCCGAUAUCUACAUCGAUGCUAUGGCGAGGAGCAGCAAGACGAGCAAGAUCCUGAAGGAUAAGUUGCAGAACGAUAAGCAGGCUGCCAUCAGCAUGGCUAUGGUUUGUCUGCUGGUCAACUUUGGCCGGAUGAAUACUACGCUUAACUUUUUUCCCGAGAUGCGUGCGCAGUUGCGGACCUACCACUCCAUUCCUUCGCUUCAAGCCCACCAGGACCCUAAUGCCUACAAACAGCUGCAGGAUGCCCCGCGUCUCAAGUCGAUCCUCAAGGGUGCCUCUGAGGAUGUCGAUCAGCCCAACACGCUUGACAGGAUCAAGCGCCAGUCAAUUCCUCGCACAAACCCUGUCAAUCUGAUCUUCGUUCUAGCUCAGUAUGCUCCCAAGGUGUCUGAGAUGCACUUCUUCCCUCCUCGCGACUUCUUUGACUUGGUCAUGAGAGGCACACUCAGUAGUCGAAGCAGGGCUAGGGCCUUUCUCUGGUUGAUGUGGUGGUAUUUGGAAAGUGAUUUCAGCGCCGAGGCAGCCCUUCGUAACCCCUUUGGCAGUGGUCUGGAUGGUGAAGGCACCGGCGGCUUACCUAUUAAGGUGCCUCAAUUUGAGAGUCUUACCGAAGAGCAGGCCAACGAGGAGAAUGUGGACACCCAGUCCGAAAUAGAUUACGGUGAAGCCAAGCGCUUGGAACGGAAACGCAUCCUGGAAGAAGACGAACCACUACCCAGAGUGCCUAAGCGCUCCAAGAAAGGUUUGCCUGAGCUAUAUGACGACGAAGCAUCAGGAGAUGUGUCUGGUCGCGGUGACGGGCGCUUGUCCACCAUGUCCACGCCAAUGCAUCCGUCAGCCAAGCGCCAUCCGCUGGACGACGAGGAUGAGUACCAAACACCUGGGCAGUCUGCGCGCUCCCGGUCCAAGAGGCCUAAAAGAGAGUCUUCUAUCAACCGUUCUCUUGGUCAGCAGCGUCUCAUCUUAAGAACCAAGAUGGAAAACACACCUGACGCUGCUUCUCCAGCUCCUCCAGGUUCGGGUCACCCGAUCUUGAAUCGAUUCGUUACGGAAGGCACGCAACCAACCUCCGCCCGUCGGCCACGGCCGCUCACUCAACAUCAACUCGCUGUCGAGCAGAACCGCCGACAACGGAUUGAGUACAUCUUAGCCAAGCGCAAGAGUGAGGCGUAUCGAGUGCUGCGUGCGAAACGAGAAAGCGAGAUACCCAUUGUACGCUACGGUCGUCGCCUCUCGAAUAUCCCGGAGGGCUAUGACACGGACGAUGAGGAGAAGGCUUGGGGCAAGGGCGGACUGGUGCCGAAGCCCGACGAGGAAGAGGAUUAUGGCGAAAGUGCUAGCUACUUCCUGUCUGUUAUCCGCAAAGCUGCAAGACGCCUGGAUCGAUGGGACUACGAUGAUGCCAAUGGUCCUCGGCGGGAUCGCAAGGCAGAACGUGAGGAACGCCAGAAAGCGAGGGAGAUGAGGCUUGCUAUGGAGAACUCGGGUGAUCUUGCCGGGCGUAUCCCCUCUUCUGCUCGUAGUCGAGCUCGUGCUGCUCGCAACGCCAAGCGCAAGCUCGCCAAUGCGGCAGCCAAUACCCCCUCCGCCAAGGAGCCAGGCGCUGCAACCUCCUCACGGGCCAAAGCCAACCGGAGCCGCUCCCAGCGCGAGGCUGGGGCUGCAGUGGCGGCUACCCCAGGCGCAGCCAAGGAUGGUCUGGACGUACCUAGCCGGGACCAUGAACUUUCACCGAUGCCUGGCUCGACCCACCUGGGGGAUGAUGUUGAGGGUGAGGAAGGACUGGACGACAUUGACCGUGAACUCCUCGGCGAAGGGAGUGGGGACGAUGAAGGCGCUCCGACCCCAGCUGCUCGCACGUCUCGACCGGCCGACGCUGGCUAUGAGGAUAGCUUCAUGGAGGCCGGAGAUGCCGAUGAGGAUGUGGAAGGUCUCUCGUCCGACGACAAUGACGAUGAGGAGGUUGAUGACGAAGAUCUGGAUGAAGGAGAAGCAGAGGCGGACGCGGACGAGAAUUCAUCCACACUCGAAGGCGGCAAUGGGUAUGCAGCCAGCGAGACCUCUUCCGUGGCCGGCGGGGAGGGCGACACAAUCCUUGCUGAUGAUAAAGAUGAGACUAUGACCGAUAUAUGAUCGUAGCUCUCUGGGCUUUGGGCCAGGCUUGGGACUUUUCGUGCGUUUAUCCUCCAUCGAAUCACUUCCGAUGUGCGUUUGUUUCGACCGACGCUUAUCUGGCCUAUGAAUGUUCGGCACU